AACCAAAAAUAUUCACUCUUUUUUUCUUCUGCUUUCUGUUUUCCUCAGUUUUGGUAGAAAAGAGACAAUUAAAUGGGGGUCGUCGAAGAAGCUCACAACCUGAAGGUACUGGGUUCAGGCGAUCGAGUCAUCGUUUUGGCUCAUGGGUUCGGUACGGACCAAUCGGUUUGGAAGCACUUGGUUCCUCACCUAGUAGACGAUUUCCGUGUCGUAUUGUACGAUAACAUGGGUGCCGGAACCACCAACCCCGAAUACUUCGAUUUCAAUCGUUACGCUACUCUCGAAGGUUAUGCUUAUGAUUUGCUUGCGAUCCUUGAAGAAAUCCACGUCGAUUCAUGUAUUUUCGUCGGCCACUCCGUUUCCGCCAUGGUUGGCGCCGUGGCUUCUAUUUCCCGACCCGAUUUUUUCUCUAAAAUCAUCAUGAUCUCUGGUUCCCCAAGGUAUCUUAAUGACGUGGAUUACUACGGUGGGUUCGAGCAAGAAGAGUUAGACCAACUCUUCGAAGCAAUGGAAGCCAACUACAAAGCUUGGUGUUCCGGUUUCGCGCCGUUAGUGGUGGGCGGCGACUUGGAAUCGGUGGCAGUUCAAGAAUUUAGCCGUACCCUUUUCAAUAUGAGACCCGAUAUAUCUCUCAGCGUAGCUCAAACCAUAUUUCAAAGCGAUAUGAGACAAAUCCUCAACCUUGUGACGGUUCCUUGCCAUAUCCUUCAAAGUGUUAAAGACUUGGCCGUCCCCGUCGUCGUCUCCGAGUACUUACACCAAAAUCUCGGCGGCGAAUCCAUCGUCGAAGUCAUGUCGUCCGACGGUCAUCUCCCGCAGCUUAGCUCACCGGAUAUCGUCAUCCCGGUGCUUCUUAAGCAUAUUCGUUACGAUAUCAGUGUUGCAUGAAAUUAAAAGCACUUCUUCGAUUCAUUGUUGUUAAGCUUUUUAGUAAUCUGAAAAUCUUGAUCUCUAAAUUAUUAAGAAGUUAAUUGUGAUUAGCGAAGCUGAUUGUCAUGGCGACUUUAAGGUAACGCCGGUCGGCUUUUUUUUUUUUUCGUUUUAUUUAGAAUCAGAAUUUUUCAGAUUAUUUAUUAUGAAAAUGUCGUGUAUGUUCGUAAUUAUGUUGAUGUGUUCGACUGUGUACCAUGUAAUAAAAAAGUGCUUUGAUUAA